ACGAACACCGCCGAAUAUUGGUGCAAGUUUUGGGACAAUUUGCACCGAUUGCAUCCACACGCGCAACGAUGGUGCUCUUGUUGCUGCUCCUUCUUCCUGCGUCGUCAGCCGCCACCCUCAACACUGGUGGUGUACAGUCAGCAGGACCUCAGGAGCGCAACGGAGCAACGGACGACGCAUGCGCACGCGCCUUGCAAGCGCUGGAAGCCAUUCAAGCGUUGCAGCCAGUGAUCUUAUGCUCGGCAUCAUCCUUGCAGCCACACUUAAAUGAGCUCCAAACCGCGGUGCACGCCUUGUGCCCUCUGCCAGGCAACAUCGCAAAUGCUGCCGCGGAUGCUGCUGUAGAUGCUGCUGAUGCUGCUGUAGAUGCUGCUGUAGAUGCCGCGGAUGAUGCUGCUGAUGAUGGUGAAACUGUUGUUGACGUCUCCACCGACCACCACGCCGGCUUCAGCGGCCCACAAGAACCGCAAAGGACGAUACAUGCGCGGCUGAGGCGCAACACAAACUCCUCGUCCACAACAACACUUUCACCUGCAGCAGACCCCACCACAGCGACAUCCACCACCACCACCGCCGCCAUUACCACUGAUACGCAGUCGUCCUCAUCGGCGGCGCCUGCCACAGCAACCACAGUAACAGCAACCACAGUAACAGCGGUGACGACGACAACGACAACGACGUCGGCCCCCUCGCUGCGCCAGUUCUCCUGCACCAUUCGCUUGUUGCUGCUUGGACGAUGCCGCCUCAACAGCCCACGUGAACCUGGACGUCCGUUCAACCUCGCCUUCAACUCGCCAGACCGCCCCGCAAGCGAUACCAUCACGCCCGCGGCGACGGCUGCGUCUGCCCUGCGUGAUCUCGUCGCCCUGUAUCAGCCGCGUGACGUCAUCUUCCGGCGAACCAUCUUCUCCGCGGACAUGGAGUGGGUCCUGAACAACGCCGACUGGAGCAGCGUGGAGACCCUGCGCAUCGACGGCCUCGUCGCCACCUCCUUCUCCCUCAACACCCUCAACCAUUUUCCAAACCUUCGCGUCCUCAACAUUGGCAGCAACCACAUUAACGGCCUCGCCACAACUUUGCCGAGGGACGCCACGCCGUUCAUGGGGGCGCACAAGCUGGAGGUGCUGGACGCCCGCAACAACUCCCUCUUCCACCUCCCGCCCGCCCUGUUCCAAGGCAUGUCGAGCCUGCGCGUGCUCAACCUCACAGACAACUACAUCACAUCCUUGGAGGCAGGCGUUUUGCGCGAUGCAACGGCGCUGGAGCACCUCUGGCUCUCGCUCAACUACAUCACCGCCAUCCACCCCGACGCCCUGCAGGGCUUGUCCAUGCUGCGGGACCUGACCCUCGAGGACAACCACCUCAGCACCUUGGAGGAGCCCGUGUUCCGCGACCUCACCCGCCUGGAGCGCCUCAUCCUCAGCGACAACGUCAUCAACGCGCUGCCGCCCAGGCUGCUCCAGCACACGGUGAACCUGCGCCAGUUUGAGGUGGUGGACUCGUUCCUGCCGUCGCUGCCGGACACCUUCUUCCAGACCACCACGCGCAUGGAGCGCCUUCUUCUCUUCAACGCGCGCCUCACCGCACUGCCGCGGGCCCUCUUGCACAACAUGCCGGCCCUCGACUACUUCAGCAUCAGCGGCAACCGCGUGCGCUCUCUGCACCCAGACAUGUUUCGGGGCCUGCGAAACAUCACCAACAUUUACAUCAACCGCAACCACAUCACGGCCCUGCCAGCUGGCCUCUUCAGCGACCAACCAAAGCUCAGCGUCCUGGGCCUCGGCCACAACAACAUCGCCACCGUGCCCUCCACCGCAUUUGAGGCCAACACCGCGCUCGUGUUCCUCGCGCUCAGCCACAACAAGCUCUCCGCGCUUCCCGCCUCCGCGCUUCGCAACAAGCCGCAGCUGCAGUCGCUCUACCUGGCCAACAACAACAUCAGGCGCCUCUCCUUUGCUGACGAUGACGAUGACAGCAGCAGCAACAGCGGCAGCGGUGGCGGUGGCACCGCGCCCUUGACCGUGCUGCCCGCCCUGGAGAUCCUCGACCUCUCCUUCAACCCGAUUGAGGUCCUGCCGCCCCCGCACGUCAUGCCAAACCUGACCACGCUGCGCGCCAUUCACCACAGCAUGUCCACCAUCCACAUGACGCCGCUGCUGUCGCUGCGCAGGCUCACGCGGCUUGAGCUCGCCUCGGACCUGGCCCGGCCCACCAGCACGCUCGCCUUCACCGCGGAGGAGGCGGAGCACGACACGGCACCGCCAAACCUGCGUUUCUUCGACCUGCGCAAUGUCGAGCUGUCCACGGCGUUUGUGCUGUUUGCGUACCAGCAGCAGCUGCGGCUGCGCCACAUCAACCUGGGCUGGCCCGGCAUGAGCGAGAGCACCGCGCCCAUUGCGCAGAUCUGCGACCUGUUCGACCAGGAAGUGGAGUACGUUGGCUUGCACAACACGGCGUACCGGCGCAUUGAGCUGUGCCAGGACAAGCGCAUCCUCUCUGUCGGGCUGGAGGACAACCCGCGCCUGGAGCACCUCACCCUGCUGCACAACCUGAACCGCCUCAACGUGUCUGGCUGCACCAGCCUCCGCGACAUGACGCUGCUCUCCGCUGACAUCCUGGACAUCAGCGGCACCCGCCUCAUGUUCCAGCCGCCACUCUGCGACACGUGGGGCACGCAUGUCCUGCUCGCAAGCAGAAUUCGCCUCUCCCGCAAGGCGGACCUGGCCGACGUGGGUGCACACAUCCAGCGCUGCCUGUCGCAGGUGGACGUGCUUGAUCUGUCCCAAAACACGUGGCUCAACCAGGCCCACCUUGUGCAGACGCCGCCUAUCGUGCUUAGCCGUGCCGGCUUCUGGUCGGAGGAUUUUGCGGUGGCGCUGGCCAACAACCCGCGGGUCCCCGUGCUCACCAUCAACGCAGGCAAGGUGUCAUGCACGCUCGAGCUUGGCAACACGCAGGCGCGCGCGCGGGAGGCACGGGCAGACAUCACCACGGAGGUCACAUUCCAGUUCAACUGCAGGUGCGCGCAGCGGUUUGUGCAGCGCGACGGCAAGUGCGUGCCGGACGAGCUGACGCGCGGCGAGAUUGCUGCCAUCUCCAUGGGCGUUGUGAUGGUGGUGGGCGCGGUGCUGGCGGUGGUGUAUCAGCAUUACCGCCGCCGGCGACUCACGCUCGAGGUGGAGAACAAGACUGUGUACUCGCACCUGCUGGAGAAGGAAGAGGAGGUGAUGGCGCUGAAGAAGGUAUGGGAGAUUGACUUUGGGGAGCUGCACCUCGUCACGCGCAUCGACAAGGACUCCGAGGGCGCGUUUGGGGAGGUGUGGCUGGCACGCUGGGACGAGCUCACCGUGGCCACGAAACUGCUCAAGCGCUCCGUGCUGCUGUUUGACGAGUCGCAACGCGAGGAGUUUGAGAAGGAGGUGGAGUUCCUGCAGCGGACACGGCACCCGCACGUGGUGCGGUUCUUCGGUGCGGGCACGGAUCCGCAUGGCAGCCCGUUCCUGGUGCUGGAGUUUGUGGCGAUGGGGUCGCUGCAGGCGCUGCUGCGGCGUGACUUGGCGCAGGUGCUGCUGUCCAAGGUGAAAGAGCGGCAGCUGUCAAACACACGCGCCCUGUUUGUGCCGAGUACGAGUGACGAUAGCAGCGGCCAGAGCACCGGAGCCCGUCGCAGCGUGGCCAUCGCCGAGACGCAUGACACCGUGGUUAUCCGCGCGCGCGAAAUGCACGCCAACGCUGCCAGCACCGGACCACGUGCUGUGUGGACGCUCAAGCUUCGUCUUGCCCAGGACAUUGCCUGUGGCAUGGCCUUCGUCCACAGCCUUGGCCACGUGCACAGAGACCUUAAGAGCGGCAACGUGCUGGUGUCAAACGCGCUUCGGGCCAAAAUCUCGGAUUUCGGAUGCAUCCGGGACGUGUUGACAAAGGGGCAAACACGCACAGGGGAUAGGAAAGGACAUGACUUCACAUCUUCGUCAACCAGCGCAGUGACAGCAACGUCAGCGACAGCAAUUGCGCCAACAGCAUCCUCGCCUCUGAACCCUUCGCUGACGGCGGGUGUUGGUACACCGCUGUACAUGGCGCCUGAGGUACUUGCUGGCGAGGAGUACGAUGGCAAGGCCGACGUCUUCAGCUUUGGAGUGCUGCUGUGGGAGAUUGCCGUGCAACGCGUGCCGGAUCUGGUUGAGCAGGAGCUUGGCCCAGACUUCAAAGGCACCUACACGGCACGUUUGCUGGAACUGUUGCGGCAGGGCAAACGCUUGCAGUUUCCGUCAUCAGCAGCAGCCGCAGGGAACACCACCUCCACAGACUCGCCAGAUGCUGCCGACAUGGAUGCUACACUGGCCUGGUUGGCGAGCGUUGCAAGUGAGUGUUCUGCGGAGGAUCCUGCCAGGCGACCAAACUUUGGCGGCCUGGAGCUGCGGUUGAGAUCAGAGGUUCAACAACUCACUGCGGCGUCAUCGCACCUCGACGAAACGCGUGCUUGAUUCACUCUUGUGUGUGUGUGUGUGUGUGUGUGUGUG